GCACUUUGUGUCAUGCAUUUCUCUUGAUACACAAUAUUUGAAACGAAUUAAAAUCAGAUAUAUCAACCAUUAAUUGCAUUAUUUUCUAGAGUGAGAAAAAGAAACACAGAAUGGGAGUUGCAGGAACUUUGGAGUAUUUCUCUGAUUUACUGAGCAAUGUCAAGAGAAGAAAGAAAAAGAAGCAGAUGCAAACGGUAGCUCUCAAAGUCAGGAUGGACUGCGAGGGCUGUGAACGUAAGGUCAAGAGUGUCCUCUUCGGAGUUAAGGGUGUUAAAUCUGUGGACGUAGACAUGAAGCAACAAAAGGUGACUGUGACUGGGAACGUAGAGCCGAAGAAAGUGUUGAAGGCAGCUCAAUCAACAAAGAAGAAGGUAGAGAUGUGGCCUUAUGUGCCAUACACUUUAGUGGCACACCCCUACGUUUCACAGGCUUAUGACAAGAAAGCACCUCCGAAUCAUGUUAGAGCAAUUCCGGUCACAGCCACUAUCAGCGAGACCACCAUGGACGAUAACUACACCAACAUGUUUAGCGAUGAGAACCCCAAUGCCUGCUCCAUCAUGUAAGAUUAUAUGGAGUACUGUAGAAUAAAAUGUAAAGUUAAGGGUAAUUAAAUUAAUCUGGUUAUUUGGUGUUAAUCUUGUUUACUAAACUCUUAAAAUUUUCUUUCGAGUAUUUGUUGUGGAUACGUGGAGGUAGACAUGGCCAAUAUAGUAGAUUAAAGAGUGUGGAUCCAUGGUUAUGCUACAGCUACUUCUGUAUAGUUUAUGUAGUGGUGUU